AUGACAAGUAAUACUAAUAAUAAUACUGAUCCAAGUGAAAAAUUUCCUCAAUUAUAUGAGAGUAAGAAAACGAAAGAACUUGCUGAUUUAUAUGAAUUGUUAUUAGAAUUAGUAAGGGAUUUAAUACCUAUACAGAUGAAACUUGGUAUAGAUAUCAAUCCUAUUUUAGAAGCAGAACUUAGAAGGAAUAAAGCCUCUUCAGAUAAACCAAUUAGAUUAUUUGAUUUGCUUUUAUGCUUAGAAGACGAUAUAGCAACAAUUCAGAAAAAACUUAGUAUUGUCAGUUAUACUAAUCAAGAAAUGGCAGAAGAAGCUAAUAAAAAUGCGAGAGUGUACCUUUGA